AUGUGCUUCACUUGCAUAUUUUGGACUGGUGUAGAUUCACUUGUACAGAGCAAACUGUGAGUAUUCAAAGUACAGUUGAAGCUCUCAUAUAAGCAACCAACCAAAAUGGCAAGAACUCCCUGAUUUCUAAUAAAAAAAAUUACCCUAUUUCCAGACUAAACUGUUUGAAAACCAUUCCCUUCACAGCGACACAUGUCGAAUAGUUUAUAAUAUCCUGUGUAUUCCAGUACCCCCUGGUACCACCUGGUUGAGUAGGCAUUUAUGGGGAGGGAUGAAAUACGAGCUCCCCCAAAUUAGCCUGCAUGAAAGGCUACCUGAAACUGUGCCUGGAGUUAGUAAUUCAUUCUUUGGAUUGUAGGAAUGUUACAUUUUGCAACUGAAAUACAAAAUUUAUGUUAUUUAAAUGUGUUUCAUCUUUUCUCUUAUUCUUUUCAGUUACCCAGAACUACAAGAACACACAACUCAGUUUUAUACCCAGGAGCAAAUCAAAGAUUUAGUAUCUUAUGCAGGUGACAGAGGAAUAAGAGUUAUUCCAGAGGUUGAAUCAGCGUAA